UGGACAGUAACAAAUACAACAAAGUGGGGGAGAAGAACCCAAAAAUUACACUCCAGGUGACGCGGACCAAUCAAAACCCAUUCUCAGGCGUCUCUUCGUCUCGAGACCCAUCAUGGCCACGUGGAACGCCACCUCCUCCUCCCCCUCCGCUGCUUCAUCUCCCACCUCGACGCGAAGAACCGAGGCUCCACGGAGAUGGCCCUCCUCCGAAUCUCCACCGAGGAAGAUGAGAUCAAUCGCCGAGAUAAUGGCCGUAACCGCGCCCGUCGUUGAUCAGGCACAAGACGGUGGUGACGUCACUGUCACCCGCGGCGACGUCGUCGACCGCUACGGUGACGUGGCCUGCGAGAAAUGCGGGUCUGGAGAAAGAGGCGACGAACUUCUCCUCUGCGACAUAUGCGACAGAGGGUUUCAUAUGCGAUGCCUUAGACCGAUCGUGGUCCGUGUCCCUAUCGGACAAUGGCUUUGUGUCGAUUGUUCCGACCCGUUACCUGUAAGAUGUUUAUCUCAGCGGAAGAUUAUGCAUUUCUUCCGGAUUGAGAAAUUCGAUGUAACAGAGAUACCAGAGUUGAGUCAAGAAGAGACAAUAAAGCACAAGAGAAAAUCUCGCCCUUUGACUCUGACGAAGAGAAGGAGAAGACUAUUACCUUUUGUUCCAUCAAAAGAUCCUAAUCAGAGAGAUGCACAGCUGAGAACACUUGCAUCUGCUUUAACAACCUUGAAAAUGAAAUACAGCAACGAGUUGACUUACAUCCCCGGGAUGGCUCCUCGUUCCGCUAAUCAAUCCAUGUUCGAGAUAGGUGGGGUGCAGGUGCUUCCCAAAGAAGAUAUUGAGACACUGGAACAAUGUCGAGCGAUGCACCGAGUAGGAGGGUACCCUCCUCUUGUUGUCGUAGAAGAUCAGUUUCAAGGUUUCACAGUUGAAGCAGAUGGUCCAAUUAAGGACCUCACAUUGAUAGCUGAAUACGCAGGAGAUGUUGAUUACUUAAAGAACCGAGCAAAAGACGAUUGUGACAGCAUCAUGACUCUCCUUCUGUCUGAAGAUCCAUCGCAGUCUCUUGUUAUUUGCCCUGACAAGUAUGGAAACAUAUCUCGCUUCGUCAGUGGCAUCAACAAUCACAAUAGGUAUGGUAAGAAGAUGCAGAACUGUAAAUGCGUGAGGUAUAGCAUAAAUGGAGAGGUGCGAGUUCUUAUAGUGGCUACAAGGGAUAUCUCGAAAGGGGAAAGGCUUUACUAUGACUACAAUGGUUAUGAACAUGCGUAUCCUACUCAUCACUUCCUAUGAUCUUUCAGUUCAGACAGUUUGACUAGAGUCUCUGGAUCGAUAGUUUUUUUAUUUUAUUUUGAUGCAAUUUACCGGCCAAUUGAAAAGGGUACAGAUCCGAAUUGUAUGGCCGUUGGAGAGUUUAAUCAUGGCCUUUAAUCAUUCUUAAUUAUGAAGUUAGUGAUAGACUAAUUACAA